AAAGAUCUCUCACACACUAUUCAACUACAUCCUUCCUUCUUUGGACCAAACAUGGAUGACUUUCUAAAGAGAAAACUUCACUCGGACGUGGAAGGCACUUGUACCGGACGGUUUGGAUACAUAAUUAAUGUACUUACCGUAAAGGAAAUCUCGAAAGGGAAGGUAUUGCCGUCUAUAGGACUGGCAGAAUUUACUGUCAAAUAUCAAGCCAUUGUGUUUAAACCCUUUAAACAUGAAGUAGUUGAUGGGACGGUGACAUCAGUUAACAAGUUAAUUCCCACCGAUAUGAAGUUUAAUCCAUACAUAAAUCCGCCAGCCUUCUCCGAUGAGAACAAUACAAUCGAGAAAGGUAGCAACUGUAGAAUUAAAAUUGUGGGAACACGAUUUGAUGCAACCGAUAUAUUUGCGAUCGGUACUAUCAAAGAGGAUUUUUGUGGAAUAUUGUAG